AUGAGCAGUCAAUACUUGAACGAGCCGAUCACGACCGGAAAGGUGAUUCUCCAAACGUCAGCCGGCGAGAUCGAGUGCGAGUUGUGGUGUAAAGAGGCGCCGAUGACUUGUCGAAAUUUCAUUCAAUUAUGCAUGGAAGGCUACUACAACGGAGCACCAUUUCAUCGUCUUGUCAAAGAUUUCAUCAUACAGGGAGGCGAUCCAACAGGCACCGGUCAAGGCGGUGAGAGUAUUUAUGGGAAACCAUUUAAAGAUGAAUUUCAUCAACGUUUGACGUAUAACCGACGCGGUUUACUCGGAAUGGCGAAUUCGGGCAGAGACGCAAACGGAUCACAAUUUUUCAUCACUCUCGGCAGUGAGCCACAACAAGUUCGCGAGUUGACAAGGAAACAUACAUUGUUUGGAAAGAUCGUCGGCCCGACAAUGUUCAACAUGUUGAAGAUGACCGAAGUGGAUGUGGAUGCGAAUGAGAGGCCAAAAACCCUUUACAAGAUCACCGGAGCCACCGUGUUGACGAAUCCGUUUAAGGAUAUUCGACCAAGAGAAAAAGAACGUCGUGAGAAGAAAAAAGAGACGAAAGUGGUGGAAACGAAAAAAUUAAAUCUUUUAUCGUUUGGCGAUGAAGCAGAAGAGGAUGAGGAGGAGCUCACACACAUUAACAAGAAACUCUCGGGUAAAGGGAAAAGUGCGCACGAUGUACUCGACGAUGAACGCUUGAGUAAACAGGUGGCCGUGACACGAGAUGAAAUGGCUGACUAUGAGCCGGAAGACGACGAGCAGCAUCCAACAUCAAUGAGUCGAAUUCGAGAAAAGCUGGGAAAGAAGCGGAAGUAUAACGACGAGAAAAAGCCUGAUGAAGAUGAGGAUUUGGAUUCGAUUAUUGAGCAAGAGAGAAAGGAAAAAGAACAGGAAAGGAUAAAGGAAAUGGCUGGCGAGUUAAAAUCUCUUCAAAAAGAGUAUAUAAAAGCACUUCGAGGACCAAAAGAAAAGAAGACUGAGGAGAGUGAGGAACCCGUCUCUGAGGUGCUGGCUGAAUAUAAAGCGAUGAGAAUCAAAUUCAAAUCAAAGACGAAAAAAUUGAAGAGUAAAAGGGACGAGGGACGAGAGAAUCAGACAAUGCAACUUCUUGAGCGUUUCCGCGCGAAAUUAGAUCAAGCCGAGCAAACGGAUAUCCUUUUCGACAAAUCGGUGGAUACAAGUUUACCCGAACGAGUCGAUCUUUCCGGCGAAAAGGAGGAAGAAGAGAGGAAGAAGAGAGGCGAAGAAAUGAGAAUUCGACGGAAUGCAGAUGGAGUGGAUGGGGUGGAUGCAGAGGAUGGAGAUGAAGACAAGGAAAAGGAAUUCGGAUAUGAUUUAGACGCUGAGGAUAUUGUGGGAACUGAUUGGAUGAAGCACGCGUUCGUCGCCGAGGACGAGCUCGAUCCGAAUGUCACCCGGGCAAAGGACGCGAAUCUUCGUGAUGAGGCGAAAAGUGAUUGGUAUGAUUUGUCGGAUCCACGACAUCCAAUCAAUAAACGGAAAAGGGGCGAGAUU